AUGGAGCGCAACCGAAACGAUGGCAUCCCGACCGCUACCAAGGUCGCUAUCUUGCUCGCACUUCACGACGCUGCCGUUGACCAAAUGGCGUGGACGUUGCGAUCGGCCUUGACUCGCCAAAUAAACAGCCUGAACGCCGUGACAAAUGUUGGACUCGAAUACCGCCAGUCAGUCCGCAGUGUCGCCUUCCACGCGAAUGUGUCCAAGUCGACGCUGCAUCGCCGAGUCCAAGAAGGGGUCCUGGACUUCUGA